UUAUACAGUCGAUCGAUUUUCCAACGCAUUUCGCCCUGUUCAACGUUCUUGCGAGAAUAUGUCGGGAAACAGGCAGUUUACUUGGCAAGAGCUUGCCAGUAUGAAUCUGGAACAUAAUGCACACAUCGCAAUUAACGGGAAGGUUUAUGAUGUGAGUAAAUUCCUUGCUCGUCACCCUGGUGGUAAAGAUGUCUUGUGUAUGGCAGCAGGAAAGGAUGUUACCAUUGUUUUUCAGUCGUAUCACGUCUUCAGCGACGUUCCACCCAAAAUGCUAGACAAGUUCUAUGUUGGUGAGUUGGUUUCCACGCAGUAUCCCACUUUCCCAGAACCAGGGGCUUUUUACAACACAGUAAGAGAAAGAGUACGGAACCAUUUCGAGGACACAAAACAGGAUCCAAAGAUCUCGGGAUGGAUGUGGUUGAGGUACUUUCUCGCGGCAGCGAUGACGAUCAUUCUUUGGUUUGUACAGAUAUUCUUGUCCACACAAAAUUUCUUCUUUGCUUGUGUUGCGGGAUUUUUCCAUGGAUGGUUCAUUGCCUUAGGAGCCAUAUUCAGCUCUCACGAUGCAAGCCAUUUUUCUGUGACAAGUAAUCCUCUUGUAUGGAGACUGGUUGGCCAUGUGGUUGACUUUAUAAAUGGAGGGUCAUAUUACGUUUGGGUAUUUCAGCAUGUAUUUGGUCAUCAUCCGUUUACUAACAUCGAUGGGGUCGAUCCUGACAUCAGCACUGCAAAAGAAAAGCCGGAUAUGAGACGAAUCAAAUGGAGCCAGAAUUGGUUGCCUCGAUACUUUAACCAGCAUGUAUAUAUGCCUUUAAUAUACUGCUUGCUGGGCUUCAAGACUUAUCUUCAGGAUUUCACUACAUUCAUAUCCCUGAAAAACAGUACCAUGCGGCUCAAUCCACCAUCAAAAUCUCAUGUUAUUUUAUUCUUUAGUGGAAAACUUUUCUUUUUCAUGCACAAGGUGAUACUUCCCUGGAUGUUGCUCUCAUUUUGGAAAAUGGCUGCUCUUUUGUUUCUCGCUGAGAUAGCAACUGGUUACUGGUUGGCUCUUAUAUUUCAGGCAUCUCAUGUUGUUAGUGAGGUCGAAUGGCCUCAGCCUGAUGAAAAAGGAGUAAUGAAAAGGGAUUGGGCAGAGCUUCAGAUCGAGUCAACAUUAGACUAUGCAACAGACAGUUGGUUCUGGAAUGUUUUUACAGGAGCUCUCAAUCAUCAAACAGCCCAUCACCUCUUCCCGGGCGUGUGUCAGUUUUACUAUCCUCAGAUUACUCCCAUCGUCCGUGAGACGUGUAAGGAGUUUGGGGUGAGGUACAAUUACAAGGAGACCUUCUUUCAGGCGCUUGGUGCUCAUAUUUCACAUCUGAAAGUACUUGGACAAGAGCAGGACAGACCAAUUGUCACCAGGCCUGAAGUAAAGGCAGGGUGAAAACUGAAUGUGGGCUGCUGAGGUUUUCAUAGUUGAUCUAUAGAGCAAGCAGGUUUUUUUUUUGGCGACUUGACUUAGCAAGGUAAUUUGGUUUUAGGGUAAUUUUCAAUUGUGUCGAAGGUGAUCCGAGAUGCAUUGAUUUUGCUUUAGUUCUAAAAAAUUAUUGGAUGAUGUUUUUUCUCGAUAUCCAGAAAAAUCAAGGUCGAGGUAGGGGUUAUCAGCCUCAGUCUUCGGCUGAUAACCCUUACCGAGAACAGACAUGAAGCGUACAAGCUUGGAGAAGAGUACGCUGUCCUAGUGGUACUCAAAUAUCACUGCGCGCCAACCUUUCACUUUCGGGAGUCUGCCUUUAAGGUUAAUUGUAAGUAUAGUUGAGUUAGUGAUGAAUUAAUUGAGCGGUCCAAUUGCAAGCUUGACGAGUAGACUUUCGGAUUAACACUCAAAUCGAACUGUUGAUGAUCAAUAACGUUGGAGAAUUUUUUCAUUUGUAACUAAUAUAAUGAUUUUGUUACUAAAUUAAAGUUGUUUCUAUGAUGAA